AUGAAAGUCGUCGGCAGAGGUGGGCUCGCAGCCUGCAGGCUCUCCCGGCCGUGUCCGCAGGUGCUUCCCUCGCCGCUUCAGUCUUUCCGAGCUCUUCUCGUGGAAAGUAGAGAAGAGUUCAAGACUAACGAGAGCAAUAAACUGAUUACAUACAAGGCCGUUGGGUCUCUGGAUCCCAGUGCUGACCUGUCCAGCCAAAGAGGGAAGGUCUUCAAACUAAGGAAUGAAACACAUCACCUCUUUGUAGGAUUAUACCCAGGGACUACGUAUUCAUUCACCAUCAAAGCCAGCACAGUCAAGGGCUUUGGGCCACCCAUCACAACACGGAUUGCAACUAAGAUUUCAGCACCGUCGAUGCCGGAAUACGACACGGACUCCCCCCUGAACGAGACUGACACUACCAUCACCGUUAUGCUGAAGCCCGCUCAGUCGCGGGGAGCGCCUGUCAG